AUGGCCAGUACUCAGGACAGUGACCCGAAGCCGAAAGUCCUCGUCCCCGAGAAGCUCUCACCAGAUGGCCUCGCCAUUCUCCGCAAGACCCUACAGGUGGAUGAAGUCACCAAGCCCAGCCCCGCCGACCUCCUCAAAAUAAUUCCUACCUAUGAAGCUCUACUCGUCCGCUCAGAAACCAAAGUCACCGCCGAACUAUUGGCUGCCGCUACGAACCUGAAGGUAGUCGCCCGUGCCGGUGUUGGCGUCGACAAUGUGGACGUUCCCGCCGCCACCAAGCUGGGCAUUGUGGUCGUGAACUCGCCUUCCGGGAACAUCCAAGCCGCCGCUGAGCACACUAUCAGCUUGUUGAUGAGCAUGGCUCGAAAGGUCCCCGAGGCAUGUGCGAGCGUCAAGGCAGGCAAGUGGGAGCGGAGCAAGUUCGUGGGCGUCGAAGUGAAAGGCAAGACAUUGGGCAUCAUUGGCUUGGGCAAAGGCAGGCUCUCCUCUUCCUCCAUCCACUCAGUGGGCCUCAUUGUGGCACGUCUCGCCCGCGGCCUCGGCAUGAACAUCGCAGCCAUGGACCCCUAUGCCUCUGCCUCCGUCGCCGAGUCCGCCAACGUGACCCUUGUCCCCUCACUCUCCGCCCUCCUGCCCCAAUGCGACUUCCUCACCAUCCAUACCCCCAUGCUGGCCUCCACGCGCGGCAUGCUUUCGACCUCCGAACUCGAGCUCCUGAAACCGGGCGCCCGCGUCCUCAACGUCGCCCGCGGCGGCAUCGUCGAUGAAGCCGCCCUCCUCGCCGCCCUAGAGUCCGGCCACGUCGCCGGUGCGGCCAUCGACGUCUUCUCCAGCGAGCCCCCAAGAAUCGAAAGCGACCCCGAAGCCACGCUCUCCAAACUGCUUCUACACCCCAACUGCAUCGCCACGCCCCACCUGGGCGCCUCAACCGUGGAAGCACAGGAGAAUGUCUCCCUCGACGUCUGCGAACAAGUCCUACAGAUCCUCGCCGGCGACCUGCCCCGCAGCGCCGUCAACGCGCCCAUCAUCGUGCCCAAGGAGUACCGCACACUGCAGCCCUUCGUCCGGCUCGUCGAGAAGAUGGGCAGCCUGUACACGCAGCACUUCUCGCGCGCCGUCGCGGGCGUCCCCGGCGGCGAAUCCACCGUGCAGGUGCGCAACACCUUCGACCUCAUCUACGAAGGCGAGCUGGCGGGCAUGAGCUCCACGAAGCCGCUGUUUGCGGCCCUCAUAAAGGGACUAGUCGCACCCAUCAGUGACGAAAGGAGUAACGUCAACAUCGUCAAUGCCGAGAUGGUGGCCAAGGAGCGCGGCAUCUUCGUCACGGAGCAGAAGAGUCGGGAUCCCGGGCUCGGCGGGCAGGGUCAGCGCGGCUACAGCAGUUUGGUCACACUGGUGGCGCGCAGCGGGAGUCGGGCGCCGAGCAUGAAUCGCCACGACAGCUACCUAGGCCCCAUGGACGCCGCCAAAGGCGAGGCUGCCGGCCGCAAGGUCGAGCGUCAGCACGUCAUCGCCGGCUACUGCAGCGAAGACACCCCCUUCAUCAGCCGCCUCGACCGCUUCGCCACCAGUUUCGUGCCCGAGGGCAACAUGCUCAUCUGCCACAACUACGACUCGCCCGGCAAGAUCGGCGUCGUCGGCAGUAUCCUCGGCCGGGAAGAAGUCAACAUCAAUUUCAUGGGUGUCGCGCCCGCGAGCUACGGCGCGGGUGUCAAGGAUGGGAUCGAGGCGCUGAACCAGCGCUUGGCGGGGUUGAGGAAGGGGAGUAGUACGGGGUGGGGUGGCAGUGGCACGCAGACGCCGCAGACGCCCAAGGAGCCGACGGAGGCGUUGAUGAUCCUGGGUGUGGAUCGGGAGAUUGGGGACCAUGUGGUCAAGGAGCUUAUUGGGACGGGCGGCGUCUUGAGUGUUAGCGGUGUUUUGUUGUGA